AUGGAUUCGGCGGCCAAAGAAAGUAUUUUACCUGACCGUUUAUCUGAGCGUCUUGGCGGUCUGAUUUUAAAGGACGAACAGAGGCUUGCUGUUGAAGCACUAAUGUCAGGGAAAGACGUUUUAGCGGUAUUACCGACUGGCUUCGGUAAAUCUGUCAUUUACCAAAGCUUCGUUAUCACGAAGGAUUCCUCUUCCACCUUUGUUAUUAUUCCUCUUCGGAGCAUCAUCGAUGAUCAACUACAGUCAAAUGAUUUUGGCCUGAAAGCAGUUGCUUUCGAGAAGAAACCACAGUUGAUGAAAGACAUUGCUGCCAACAAAUUUCAAGUGAUUUUUGCUUCUGCGGAACAAGUCCUUUCUAAAGAAUUUAGAGAUUUGCUGAAGGACGAAUCGUCGGAAUUCAGGAAGAAUUUGUCCUUGGUUGUGGUGGACGAAUGUCACGCUAUCGAAACCUGGUAAGUUUGUUUAGGGGUAAAACCUGUAAGUCAAUUUCCAUCCUGUGAUCUCUCGUCCUCUUUUUGAAAGCAGUUACGCGAACGCAAAUUUCCACACGCUAGUUUUAAGCUUAAGUGAGUGUGAUCGAGUGCAAAAAAAAUAUCUUCACAACUCACAGGUAGUCGCGCAUUUACAAUAGUUUACUUGUGUUCACAGGGGCAAGAGUAAAAAAUGCGGGAACAAGUUUCUUCAACCAUUUCGAAAGGACUUUGUCUCGCUAUCUACGUUGCGGUCUUUUUUUGCUGGUAUUAUAAAGAGCUUAUGUUUGUGUGUUCGAUAUGUGAUUGCGCAUGCAUAAUAAAUGUAUGGGGCUGUGCGGAAAUCUUAAGUUUUAGCUUUUUAAAUGAAAGUGUUCCUGAUAGUUUACACACAUUGUUUACCGUAAAAGCACACUGGCAGAUGUCGGUAGUUUUCGAGUGCCGGGCAACAUAAUCUUUUUGUUGUCUCCAUUUUAGAAAUGCAAGCUUGAUCUUUAUUUGAGUAAUAAGCAAUAUUUCAAGGACUGAAAAUAAUUUUAGUCAGAUCUUUUAAAAGAAUCUAUUAGCCAACAUCUUAUAUGUGGAAGUUUUUAUUAUGUGGCAUACUUAAAGGGGUUUCUAUAUUGAGGUAUCCCAUUCUUGGCAUUAUCUGGAACAGCUGAUGUUAAAAUGAAGCACACCAUCAUGAAAGACUUGUCUUUCAAGAAAGACACAGUUGUCUGGGAUAUCAGUCCUGAACGAGCAAUAUUCGUUUCACCAUCAUAAAAACAAAAAGAGAAAACCAUCUCCAACAUCUUCAGUGGUUAAUUGACAUGAUUGGAUUGGAAAGGGAAAAUAUGCCCCAAACCAUAAUUUUUUGUACCACAAUGCAAGAUGUGGCCAAAUUAAGUGGACACCUUCUUGGAAUACUUGGUGCCGAUGCGUACGUUACUGACAAGCCUUAUGUGCCAGCGAACCGACUGCUUGGAAUCUAUCAUUCCAUGACUUGGCCAAAGUAUAAGGGUAGAGUAACUGACUCCUUCAAGCAAGAUAGUGGCUGUGUUAAGGUUGUGGUUGCAACUUCUGCGUUAAGUUUGGGGUCAACUUCCCAGAUGUAAAAUUUGUCAUACUGUUUGUUGUUUAUUGUUUGUUUGCCAUAAGUUAUACAAAACCAAAAAAAUCUAAUUAUUUAAACUCUCAUGGCGAGGAAGCCCAUAAUUACACAUGGGAAAAUCAAUGGCAGAGCUACAGUAAAUGUUAAAAUAAAUAUAUUAGAUAGUCGUACUAAUCAUAGUUCUAGGCUAAAAAACAUCGAAACGAGGGCGUUACAUGCACUACACUCCUGCACCGAGUACAGUUGAUCACAUUACGGACCUUAAGUUAGGGUGGACGGUAAGGUGGAGGACGGCAACCGGAAAUAAAAGUUGCCCGAUUUGGGGCUAAUUAGCAUAUAUCUCAGCCGUCCAACCUUCGUCGUCUGCUCGUCGCGACGGUGAGGAAGCUGGGUGCGGCGGUAUCUCGAGAACGUGAGUCUUUUCUUCGCGUUUUCGUCUUCAAAACAUCUUUAUUUUGACAGAAUACCGCUUUAAUCUGUUUCUGGAGUGUCUAGUUUACUUCAUAUGGUAAACUUUUUUCCAUUACUUACUUUAACACUAUUUUAUGAUUGAAUAUAACAUGAGCUUGUGCCGCAAGAGGUACAGCUGCAGGAUUAGAGUUCCCAGCGAUAAAAUAAUCACAUUUAAGGAUUCUUUCACCAUCUGAACAUCGAUUUUUACUCUUUUUUUCAUUCACGAAGGUUUUAGUUCAUUUUUUCUACUUAAAUUGUAGGCCAAAAUGAAAUAACAUGGUAAUUGGGUAACAUUUCUUCGACAAAAUAAAGCCCUUUAUAAAGCAGGAUGAAGGAACUUAUUUUUGCGCGCAACUUGUCAAUGUUAUUUAAUAAUUUGUUCUUAUUUUAAUGAAGAUGGAGUGGACUGAAGAUCACGAUUUUCAGCUUGCUAAAGAAUUUCUUGUAACUGAGCCCUACCGCUUCAAGCCCAAAGCUGUGUGGGCUCGAUAGACCUUGUCACGGUUUUCGACGCCAUCUUGAAGAGUAGGCAAACGCGUGAGAAAUUACAGUGAUUGUAUGAGAAUCUAAUGUCGAAUAAUUUCCGUAGAACGGCUGUUCUGAAAAAAAUAUGAUUUGUAAGCUUCACUCCUAAGGAUUCUCCUGAAAAAAAUUGAGGGCGUUACAUGCACUAGAAGACCUAGAACCACUUCUUUUAAAUUUUCUAUACAUUGUCUGUAAGAAAGUCCCGGGAAAAUUACAGACAAAUAUAUGUAAAAAUCUAAAGCAGGCCUCUGGAGAAAUUUAAGCACAGGAACGCCCCCCAAAUGUUUUAGGACAAUCCUUUGCUUUGUAGCUUUAGUAUACAAAUCAUAUUUUUUUCAGAACAGCCCUUUUACGGAAAUUAUUCGACAUCAGAUUCUCACAAAAACACUGUAAUUACAAACACUUACAAACACUGUAAUUUCUCACUCGUUUGCCUACUCGUCAAGAUGGCGUUGAAAACCGUGACAAGGUCUAUUACCAGCCGUAAGAACUGUGAAGCGUGCGAAUAUCCGGCAAUACGUAGAUCGCAAAUAGGCUAAAUGGAGCGACGAACAUUCACUUUCGAGCAACAAAGCGCUCAACUAGAUUUCAUCGACAAGAGAACGAAUUUCUCAUCUGAUAUGACACCAUCAGAACUAUAUAGUCUCGGAUCUCUUUCAGGGAACUCAUUCUCAAUCCUUUAAUAAAGUUAAGAAAAGUCUUUGACCAUCACCUCUACUGAAACUUAAAGCUUGUUUCUCUCGCCAAGUCGACGUCGUCCCUCCCCAACCCGCCGCAGCCAAAGUCACCGUCCUCUAUUUCGUCGUCUACCUAAACUUAAGGUCGGUAUUCAGGAGGCAGGACGGGCAGGUCGUAAUGGAAAACCUGCACACAAUGUCAUCAUUUAUCACGGCAAUCAACUCUCACAAUUUGCUAAGGCAGUCAAAACAUUCUGGAAGACAGACACUUGCAUACGCAAGGCCUUGUUUGAAGAGUAUGCUGCUGUGGGAAGCUUAACAUGUGUGCACGACUGCUUUAGCAACUGUGAGAAGAAGUGCAUAUGUGGCGGCGGUGAGUGCAAGCGAGAGGCAUUUCCUUUUGACAACCCUAAGGGAUCUUUGCAACCAAAGAGUACUAUUACAACCCAGAGAACUGUAAAUGCUGAGGAUCGCAAUGUUCUCCAUGAAGCUCUAACUGAGUUGCAGAGCAAUUUGAAUGGUCUCACUUUGUCAGUGUUUGGAUCUUCUAGUGCUCAUGGAUUUUCCACUGAGCUUAUUAAUGAGCUUGUGGCGGAAGCUUCCUCGAUAUUUUCGGUGUCUGACAUUUUAAAGAGGUUUCCUGUAUUUAACAUUGUUCAUGCAAAGACGGUUCUGGAAAUAUUUGAAGAAUCCUUUGAGGACAUAGCCUGCUUCGAGGAGAUCAUGCAAGCUUUGUCUGAAGAUUUGUUUAAUUUCUCUGACAAUCCCGGAGAAAACGAGCUUACCUUUGGGACAUUCUGUUCUUCGCAAAGUGAACCAGAGGAAUGUAAUUUUCAUGAACUGGAAAACUUGUAGGUCCAUAUAAUUUUUAUCUCAUAGGUUCUCUUCAUUCUUAUUACUUGUUUAAGACUAAAACUGUAAGACGUCCUUCAGGAAUGCCAUGUGGGUUACCUUUUGCCUCUUGCCUCACUUGCAUAGGCUGACAUCCGCUGAUUCCGAAACUUUGCAACAGCUGCCGAGCAAAGAGAGGUGACAUUUAACGCUCUAGCUGCCUUAUCUUCCUUCUUGCAUGGUCCCAUUGACCCGACCAAAGCACUGUGCCACAGAGGACAGUAAGUCGCAACCUCGUGGUGAAAGAGAUUAUUGGAAAACGAGGCAAGUUCUGACGGUGUCGUGUAUUUCAAUGCAGAUGUUGUCGAAUGGCAGUACUCUUUGAAUUCUCGAGACACGUGAGAUGGCUUCUUUUAUGUGAUCCGCUGGCACGCUGGAUGCUUAAAAACGAUGUUUACUGCUGCCUUCCAAUUCUGUUGCGCUACGUUCUUUAUCAAACUGUUAGCACGGUCGUCUUCGAUGAUUUUUUUCCUAUCGCCUGA